AUUGUCACCAAAUUUAUUUUCUGUUUCAAACGUUUUCCCUACUGAGCGUAAUUUUUAGCGGUUAGAAAAUAAAGAAAUUUUGAAAUACUGAGUUUAAAUAGUUUUGCUAUAGAUUGUAAAAUUAAGCAUGUAUGAUGUCUAAAUGUUUACGUGAAGAAUCAAGGUCGUAAUUUUAUGAAAGGUAUCGGGGCGUGCCGCAGUGUUGAUGGAAGGUGUCGGGAGUGCCGGCGACACGGAGCUCGCUGAGCGCCUGCGCUCCCACGACCCGGAGCAGUUCCACACCCUGGUGCGCAUGCACCUCUCCUUCCUGCUUGACCUCAGCACGGACGACGGCGAGAGCGGCGUGGCGGAGAAGAGCUGGCUCCGCACCCUGAGGCCCGGGUGGCUGUCCCUGGCCAGGAAGUCGCGGGGCGCCGCCAGGGCGGCAACGGGGCCGACGCUCACGCAGGAGAGUGUCCGCCAGGUGUACCAGCUCAUCGAGUUCCUGUCUCUGGAGCAGAAUGUGUGCCAGGAGGGCAUAUUCCGGCGUUCUGGCAGCGUGCUGCGGCAGCAAGAACUGAAGCAGCGGCUGGGCAAGGGGGAGCCUCUGCAGCUGGACCAGGGACACUUCUCGGUGCAUGACUGUGCGUCCGUGCUCAAGAGCUUCCUGGCGGAACUGCCAGAAUCCUUGUUGACGGAUGCCCACUACCCUGCCUACUGCCAUGUUGCAGGACUGUGUGGGGUGAGCGGGAGGGAGCCCCGCCUCCUCCUGGUGCUGCAGCUACUGCUGCUGCUGCUCCCGGGAGAGAACCGGGCACUGCUCCGGGAUCUGCUGCUGCUACUGCACCUGGCCGCCAGUCGUCCCACCAACAAGAUGACUGCAGACACCCUCGCGACUCUCUUCACCCCGCACCUCCUGUGUCCACGCAAGUUGUCCCCGGAAGAGUUCCACGCCAGCGCCCAGACCAUGUCUCGGGUUGUGGCAUUCAUGAUCCAGCAGGGGUCUGCGCUCUUCCAGAUCCCUGCUCCUCUGGCGGUGGACAUUCGCGCCUACUGGCUGGAGCGUCACAAGAGGCGGCUCUCUCACUUGAGGGACGGGGCCGAGGCCAGCACAGUAUUCUCGUUUGUGGACCGGGAGCGCUCGGUGGAGAGUGGGGACGCCAACCCCACCCAGAUGGCUCUGGCAGAGCUGUACGCCCACGUGCAGGCCCUACCGGAGUCGGGCCACAAGCGACGCCUGCUGAAGCACUUCCAGCGCCGCCAGCCGGCUCUGUCGUCAAGCCUCGCUAGCUGCAUCAAGAGACACUUAUUCAACCGGGUCAAGCGCAGGGGUCAUGAGGUUAUGUCUGCAGUGCAAUCACUCAGUAUACCAGGCAGCCCCGGCCGGGAGCUGUCCAGCUCUGACGACGGGAGCGGACCGCUGUGCGGGUCUCUGCUCCGGUCCCGCCGCUCGCAGUCGGUGGUGCGGCAGCGGCGGCUGCGCCCCCGGGUGACCAGUCUCACGUACCAGGAGGCAAGCGUGAGUAGAACCUCCCCUAGCGUGGCCUGGACCACCAGCACCCCUGCCGGGGGGAGGGCGGUCACCCCGGGCGACAGCUCCUCCAUGUCCCCCAUCACCUGGUCCGCGCACAGGAUGCCCCGGGCCAUGCAAGAGACGAUGAUGACGCCGCGAAGUCGCAAACCGGUGCUGCUGGUGUCGGGCUCCAACAUCUGUCGACUGCCGGAGGGCGAGGACUCCGGUGGCGCUGGCUCGGCAGAUGGGGAGAACUCUUGCAACGAUGCCGCGGGUAUGGGCGACAUCUCGACAGAAGACAAUGCCGGCACGGUGGAGGACGAGGAUGGCGACACUGUGGACCAGGCCAGUUUGGAGGCCGGUCAACGCAGGCUCUGCUGCGCGGACUCAGGCGGGGGGAGUGCCUGCUCGGCCGAGGGCAGCUGCAGCACCUGCGGUGGAUCCCUCACGAGUGUUUUUCGCUCGUACCUGUUGAGCCGCAGCGUCCUGACUGCCAGUCCCGUCGAUCUCAGCUUCUCCAGCCGCACCGACGACUAUGACUCGUCCAAGGAAGAUGUUCCACUUAAGGAGGAUGCUCUGGCAGAGUCCCUUCAACUAUACGACCAUUUGACUUCCUCUCGGGAAGUCCUCCAGAGGGAAGACACCCAAACAAAGUCCCUCCAGCUCUCUAACCAAUACACUGCCCCUCGAGAGAAGCUCCAUGAAACAUCUCUGUGAUCUCAUGUUCUCAUGUGUAUUCCAAACCAAAGUAAAGUUACUGGUAAUCAGUGUUAAACUAUACAACACUCUGGUAAAUGUUUACGAAAAUUCAUAAAAAUUUACACAAGUUGUGUAGUCAUCAGAAAGAGUUUUUAUAGUUAACAUAAAAAUGAAUUUUUGUAUCAUAGUUGAACUAGUCAUUUUAUUUUUGAACUGUAGUGUAUAUAUUUUUUAAUAUUUUUAACUAUCGACAAGUUAGAAUGUGCAUAUUGCUUUAGUAGGUAGGUACCCUAAAAACCGAAAUAAAAUUUACCAAAAGGGGUGUUUAAAUAACACACAAUAUGUGCAAAAAGUAGGUACUAAAACAUAAAAGUAAUACAAACAUUAAUGUAAAAAUAUAUAAGGUUAUUUUUAAAA